AUGACCUUCAUGUCUUGUACCUCAGACUUCAAGCCGCUUUUUAGGCUUCUCGACGAAUAUGAGACCCACCGAUCGCGCCCCGCUCAUCCCACUUUCACUCCAGCUUUCGAUGUACGGGAAUUUAGCGAUAGCUACCAUCUAGAUGGAGAGCUACCUGGAGUGGAUCAGAACAACAUCGAUAUUGAGUUCACCGACCCACAGACUCUCACUAUCAAAGGGCAUACCGAACGCCACCAACCAUCCACUCCGUCUACACCAUAUACACCAUAUACACCUCGGUGGCGUCAACCCACAGUCGAAGAUGAUGAGAAUGAGGAUUCCGAUUCAAAUUCCGACUCAGUUCCCAAUCACAGUGAAACUGACACGGCUAAGAAAACCAAGUUCAAGGCUACCAAACCAGCCAAGUCAGCCCAGCCUUCUUUCCAUUACUGGGCAUCGGAGAGAUCCAUUGGUGAAUUCCAACGCACCUUUAACUUCUCCGCACGUGUGGAUCAGAACGAGGUACGUGCGACUUUGAAGAAUGGCAUCUUGUCGGUGAUUGUACCCAAAGAGGUAGCACCCAAGACGAAGAAGAUCCGGAUUCAAUGA